CACCAAAGCCCAUCUGGUUCCCAAUUCCCGCAGUAGAAGAAGAGUCGGCUCCUCAGUGGACGGAGCUGCUCGGUGUCGGUAUCGUCAAAACUUGUGCACUUUCAUCCCCGGCGAUGUUCAAAACAGAAAAACUAAAAGCCCUGGUCAACGAGCGACUGAAAGCGGCCGCCGAGGAAAUAUUUGACCUGUUUGAAAGAACUAUCAAAGACUAUGAGGAGGAAGUUUCGCGUUCAAAGCAGGAGACAGACCGACCACGAAGGCUGCAGGAUGGGUGGAAAGCUCCCCCACAACUCUCUGCUGAGGAAAAUGAGGCUCUUUGUGUGCAGCAGCACUGUGAGGAAGGCAGGACCAGCCUGGGCCAGGAGGACCAAGAGCUCCCACAGAUUAAAGAAGAACAGGAGGAACUGUGGACUAACGAGGAAACUGUGCAGCUCCAAGGGGUGGAGGAAGCUGACACCAAAGACUCCAUGUUCAAUAUAAUCUACGUACAGAGAGGUGAUGAAGAUGGAAGACACCCCCCACAUCAAAGCCACAUUGUGGAAAAUAAAGGAGAGCCUUUACCCAGCAGCUCCACUGAGAAGAUGAAAGCAGAGCCUGAUGAAGAGGGUUGCACUGCAUCAGAACCAGCCAGUGACUGUCAGUCCUUUUCUUCACCCCAGUCUGUAGCUGAGAGUGAAGAUGGUGACAGUGAUGACAAUUGGAGAGACAGUGGAGAUGCUAAGUCGGGUACAAACACAAAGAAACCACAGCAACUAGGGGAGACAAUAGAAAGACCGUAUAAGUGCAGUGUUUGCAACAAGAAUUUCAGAAUUAAAUCCAUUCUGACACGCCACAUGAAGACACACACGGGAGAGAAACCCUACAGUUGCAGUGUUUGCGGUAAAAGUUUCAUUCAGCGCUCCUACCUGCAGACUCACAUGAAUUCUCACUCUGGUCAGAAACCUUACACUUGUACUUUUUGUGGCAGGGGAUUCACGCAAGUCGGAAACAUGAAUGCCCACAUAAGAAUUCACACGGGAGAGAAACCUCACAGCUGCACAGACUGUGGUAAAUGUUUUAGAGAGAAAGCCGAUCUCAUCAAGCAUACAAUAAUUCAUACUGGUGAGAAACCGUACAGUUGCACUAUCUGUAAUAUGAAGUUCAGCGCUCAGUCUAAUCUGACACGCCACAUAAAGACCCACUCAGGAGAGCGGCCGUACUGUUGUGUUGUGUGUGGAAAAAGAUUCAUCCGACGCUCUCAUUUGAACAUUCAUAUGAAGACUCAUGUAGGAGAAAACCUAUAGACAUGUAGCAUAACGCUUCUGCUCACCACGUGGUAUUUACUUGAUCAAUUUUAACCAGAGCCUGCAAUUUUUUACUCUUUGGUGGUGAUCGGCAUCAUCACAAACAGUUUUAGUUGAAAUUUUUAUAUUACAACUAACAUUUGGAGAAUCAUUGUUGUAUACAGUAAUAUAUACAACAAAAUAUACAGUAUAUACCAUAUACAACAAUAUUGUUGAUGCCAAACAAUGACAUGAGUGUUGAAUUCAGGGUACCAAUACCAGUAUUGGUAUCAGAAAUGUUCAAUAAACAGCCCCAACUGGAGGCAUUGUCUAUUCCCUGUAGUUUUGGGGCAACAUAAUCAUUAGCUGUUCAAAAUUUUUUAAAUAAAUUCAGCAUUAACCUUUGAAUGCCAUUGAAUAGUCCUAAUUUGGAGUUUAUGAGGUCUUCACCAUUAACAAUUAAAUUCAUUUACCUGUCUGCCUUUGGUUAAAAAUUCCACAGUUUUAUUGAAUUCUUCUGCACCAGAUUCAAUGUUUCUGAUGUUUUUAAGCUAUAGCCUACCACUGAACCCAACACUGACUUUAUAUGCUAUAACUGUUACACCAGCCUGUUGGGAAAAUUAUUGUAGCUUAAACCAACUCUUGUUUAUACUUACCUGUCAGGCUUAACUGCAGAGGGAGAUCCAACAAAAAAGUGAAUACAGUAGCACCUUGCUAUCAAACAAUUGAAGAAGAUCAGUUGAAUCCUCUAAUUAAUAGGCUGCCAUAUCCUACCUAAAAUUUACCUGUGCAUUGUGCCUAAUAUUUAGCAUUUAUAUUUAUAUUUUCCUGCAGUGUGUAAGAAAAUGAUGAUUUGUCCAAAAAUUUUUAAUUUAGUAAAGAUUCUUAUUAGAGGUCAUAAAAAGCAUCAAAUUGAAGUCUCUGAUACCUGGUGAUAGCUCGAGUUUUCUGCUGAUCCACUCAAACAAGACAUCGCCCGGUUAGAAAUGUAGCAGGGGUCCAAGUUGACCCCCUCAAAAAUGAUCAUGGCUCAAAUUCUCCUUGGAGAUGGAGCUUAUGUGUUGUCUUGAAGCUUCAUUUUUAUCAAGUUUUUAUUGUACAGCAUUUAUAAUUGAAAUGUUGCUAAUAUUAGUGUUUUUCAUAAAUAAACCUCAACAUAAAUUAUAUGCAUGUAAUGGAAUUUUUAUUUAUUUAUUUAUUUAUUUAUUUAUUUUGAAACUCCAGUUUAUCCAUCCAUCACACCUUAAUAUGAACUUCCUGACAGUUAAAUUAAGCGGAACAUGCCACCUGAUUUGACAUUAAGAAAAUUGCUGUUAUGGUAACCUAAUUGGGCAAGAAGGUAUUAUUUACAUCACCUGCAUGCUGUGGCCUUCAGUCUACUGAAGAAGCAAAAACCUACUGUGUUGAAUUACAGGAAUGUGUUGUGGGCACCAGGGCCAGGCUCGUCUGAAGGCUAAAUCAAUCCACAAGGUUAUUUAUAACAAGUGUCUACUACAUGCCAAGUGACUGUAAUAUUUUAAUGAUAUUUGAAUGUGUCACAAGUUGAAGUGCCUGCUGUCAAUAUUUCAAUAUUUAUUUUGCUUCAUUGGUAUGAAAUUUCAUGAAACAAUCUUGUUGGGGGGGGGGGGAAAGUUACUGCCCUAUGAUCAAGUUGAUGGUUGAGUGAAAAUCUGAAUGUGGGGAACUUUUUUUCUGUUGUUGGUGUUGUUUGUUUGUUUGAAUAAUUUGUGAAAUUUGUGUUUCUGUCUUUUCCUGUUUCUUCAGUGUUAUGGUCAUUUUUGUAUUUUUGUAUUUUUUUCCAGACUGCAUUCUUUUGUGUUCCCAUUGUUGAGUCAGAUAAAAUUGUCUUAAUAAGACCUCAGAGUAUAAAUUAUUACUGCAGAUAUUACCUGUCUCAGAAUACACUAAGCAUUUUGGACUAUAAACUGCAUGACAAGAUCAUCUCAUUUCAUUUAGAGAUGCUUGUAAAUAUUUUCUGGUGGCACAUAUUUCAGAAGAAAACAGGAGGGACACCAAGAGAACACCAAGAAAAACCAUACAGUUGCAAAUUUUGUUUAAAAAUUCACUGUGACCAAAUACCAAACACUCAUGAGGACUCAACUCACAGAAGAGAAAUGCACAGCUUUGUGUGUGUGUGUGUGUGUGUGUGUGUGUGUGUGUGUGUGUGUAGGAGAAAAUCAACUGUAGUAAAUAUCACAUAAACUUGCAUGGAGGAUAAUUCAUUUUAUUAUCUGACUGUCAUUUUAUUUCUAAAAACAGCAGUUUGAAUUUUUAAAAACAAAAGAGAAACCAUACAACUGUAGAUAUUUUGUUGGAAUAAAACUGGACGCAAUGAAACAGCAUGACUUAUUUAUCUAUCAGAUUACUACCACUACCACAAGCAAAGAUCAGUUCAGGAGAGAACAACAUCAAGUACCAGAAAGCUCUGGUACUUAUUUGAUUGAUUGAUUGACUGAUUGAUUACCCAACCCAUUAGGCUGAGAAGGGGUUCCCUAAAGAGCUUGUUUUUUUAGCCUUCUCUUAAAGAUUGAGAGGCUCUCUGUGGAUCAUAGGGAGUUUGGCAGAUCAUCCCACCACCGAGGAACCACCAAGGAGAAGAGUAGCUGGUGAUUUAGGGCCUUGUUGUACUGGCAGCACCAGGUGCCACCCUGUGGCGGAGCAAAGUGGGUGGGAGGGAGCGUAAACCUGAAAGGGGGAGUCCAGAUAGGUAGGUGCAUCUUUGGGUGCUGCCUUGUAGGCGAGUAUCAAGGACUUGGAUUUGAUGUGAGCAGCACCUGGGAGCCAGAGGAGGGAUAUGAGCAGCGGAGUGACGUGUGUUGUUUUGGGCUGGUUGAAGACCAGACUCAUUCUGCAUCAUCAGCAGAGGCUUGAGAGUGUCUGCCGGGAGCCGUCCCAGUAAGGAGCUGCAGUAGUUGAGGUGUGAAAUCACAAGCGCCUGUACCAGGAGUGGUGCUGCAUUUUCAGACAGCUAUGGUCUGAUUUUAUUUUGUUAUCAGACAUUCAUUACUCAAUUACAGCAAAAGCUGACAUUACCUA